AUAUAUUUUACAUAAAGUAAUUAAUACAUAAUUUCAUUGUAAAUAAGUCUACAUUCACAUUUUAAUGUGUUUUCAAAAGAUGUUAAUAAUGAGCCAAUGUGGUUAAUAGUUAUCUGAUGUGGACUAUGAGCACCCAAAUUUGUCCACCGCUGCGCUUGAAAAUCGAAUGUGUGAUGUCACAACUCACUCUCUGCCCUCACCCACACUGCCAACCACAACACCCACAUUUUCUUGCCCUCCCCCUCUCCUCAUUCACCCACUCACCCAGACUCGGAGAGCCUCACCAGCCUCAAUCGCCUCAGCCUCAGCUUGCCAGACGGCCCGGAAGAGCCGUUGGACCGCCUGCAGCAGGUGGAGCUAGCCAGGGGCACACCUAUGUCUCAGUGGAGGGCGGGCACUGUGCAGGCGUGGCUAGAGGUCGUCAUGGCGAUGCCCAUGUACAUACGUACCUGCUCGGAGAAUGUCAAGAGUGGCAAGGUGUUAUUGGGGCUAACCGAUGAGGACCUGGAGCUCGGUUUGGGCGUAACCAGUUUGAUGCAUCGUCGCAAACUGCGUCUGGCCAUUGAAGACUACAGGGAAGCUGAAGAUGGAAGAGGUUUAUCCAAAGCUGCUGACAUGGACCACCACUGGGUAGCCAAGGCCUGGCUCAGCGACGUGGGCUUGCCACAGUACUCGCAGGCAUUUCACACGCACUUGGUGGACGGACGCAUGCUCCACUCCCUGACCCGCCGUGACCUCGAACGCCAUCUCAACAUCUCCAAAAAGUUCCACCAGGUCAGCUUGCUGCUGGGCAUCGAACUGCUGCACUCGCUAAAUUUUGAAAAGGAUGCACUGCAGGCCCGCCGAGUACAGUGUGAGCACCAAAACACGGACCCUUUGGUUUGGACCUCUCAUCGUGUCAUUAAAUGGCUUAAAGAUAUCGACCUCAAGGAGUUUACGGAAGGUGUAGUCAGCAGCGGCAUUCAUGGAGCUGUCAUGGUGCUGGAACCGAGUUUUUCCAGCGACACUUUGGCCACAACAAUGGGAAUUCCCAGCAGCAAGCACAUGAUUCGGAGACACCUCGAAGAAGAGCUGACAAAUCUGAUCGGCCUGGCCAGGGCAGAUGGAAAGCAAGGCGUUGAGCGCUUAGUUUUGGGAACACCGCCAACUCCCAUUCGCCAAAACUCCCCGAGCAGGUCGCCUGGCUCUGCCAGUCGACACACGGACGAUGAGGGCUCACUUAGGAGGAGGGCUGUCAAGCCGCCGACCGGAUUCAGCCCUAAGGCACGCAACGGACGGGACUUGAGCUAUCACAGCAGCUAUGGGUCGCUACCUCGUGAGGUCAGAGAGCAAACACCUCCGAGGACACAAGGGAGCCCCGUCCGGGCUUACGCCAACAUCGGGGUGACCAAUGUGUGAGGUUGUGACAGUGUGACACGUCGCCGAGAAACCUUUUGAUGACAGAUUGCACUCACGUCUUCAUUCAAAUGUCUGUUUAAAAAAACGGCAUCACCUUGAACAUGUUUUUUUUUUCUUAACAGAAUCAAAAGAUGGAGAUCUGAAGCUAUUUUAAUUAUUUUUGUAUUUGUCGUUUGUCUGGAUUAAUGAGAUUUGUAUGGAUGGAUUAUGUAUUCAAUAGGGUACUUGAUUACAAUGAUGUCCUAUAAAUGUAAAAUGAUUAGCAUUCAUACUUUUUUGAAGCUCUGAUGUGUGAUGCCUGGUCAAUGUAGCAAAUCUCAAUUAACAAAAACUGCUGAGUAUGUUGGUCAAUUUCAUUUUGCACACAGAUAUACCCAUGCAUGUGCGUGCGUGCGUGCGCACGCACACACACGCACACACACACACACACACACACACACACUUGUACGCACACGCACGCACAUACACAGUUCUUGACUUUCAUUUGUGGUUUCGAAAUGAAUACAAGCUGUGUGUGAAAGUUAAAGGCAGUUUCUUUUUUUUUCUUUUUUUAAAUUGAAUAUAAGUGAGAUGUUAUGUGUGCUGUGUCACAGCCGGCAGGAACCAGGAACAAGAUGCAAGUGCUAAAGGUGAUGCUAAACAAGAAUGAUGCAACCUCCUAAAUAGAUUGUCUCGGAGGGACAGUGUAAGAAAGAUGCCAAUAGGAUAUUAUUGUAUAACUUACUUGACAUAUACAGCUCAACAAUUUGUGUUUUUCUGCCUAUUCUUUUAACAGAUAAAUGGCAUUGCUUGACUGUUUCAACAAAUAAAAUAAGGGUUCAUUAAUUAACGCUGCA